UACGCCGCCUCCGCUGGAGCUGGCCAGGGGCUCCGCGGUGCCGGCUUCGGGCGCCAAGGCCAAGAGCCUGGAGAGCGGCGCGGCCGUGCCGGUGGACUACCACCUGCUGAUGAUGUUCACCAAGGCGGAGCACAACGCGGCGCUGCAGGCCAAGGCCCGGGUGGCGCUGCGCUCGCUUCUGCGCCUCGCCAAGUUCGAGGCGCACGAGGUGCUUAACCUCCACUUCGUGAGCGAGGAGGCCAGCCGCGAGGUGGCCAAGGCCCUGCUGCGGGAGCUCCUGCCGCCCGCCGCCGGCUUCAAGUGCAAGGUCAUCUUCCAUGAUGUCGCUGUGCUGACAGACAAGCUCUUCCCUGUUGUGGAGGCCAUGCAGAAGCACUUCAGUGCUGGCUUGGGGACCUACUACAGUGACUCCAUCUUCUUUCUCUCAGUCGCCAUGCACCAGAUCAUGCCCAAAGAGAUCCUACGGAUCAUUCAGCUGGACCUUGACCUGAAGUACAAGACCAACAUCCGAGAGCUGUUCGAGGAGUUUGACAACUUCCUGCCAGGUGCUGUUAUUGGCAUAGCCCGAGAGAUGCAGCCAGUGUACAGGCACACAUUCUGGCAGUUCCGCCAUGAGAACCCCAAGACCAGAGUUGGGGACCCUCCACCUGAGGGCCUUCCUGGCUUCAACAGUGGAGUGAUGCUGCUGAACCUGGAGGCCAUGCGCCAGUCUCCACUCUACAGCCAUCUGCUGGAGCCUGCAUGGGUACAGCAGCUUGCAGACAAGUACCGCUUCCGGGGCCACCUUGGGGACCAGGACUUCUUCACCAUGAUUGGCAUGGAGCACCCCGAGCUCUUCCAUGUGCUGGACUGCACCUGGAACCGGCAGUUGUGCACCUGGUGGAGGGACCAUGGCUACAGCGAUGUCUUCCAGGCGUACUUUCACUGUGAGGGCCACGUCAAGAUCUACCACGGCAACUGCAACACACCUAUCCCAGAGGACUAGGCACCCGCUUGCCCACUCUGCUCUUGGGGCUCCCGGGCCUGGGGAAGGAUGCUCUUGGGAUCCAGGUGCUGCAGGCCUCCCAGCUGGCCAGUCCCUGUCCAGUGACCAUCCAAAGAAGUUUAACUGAGCCCUGCUGGAGCUCAGGCUGUUUCCCUUCAGGGCAUCCUGAAGGACAGACAGAUGUCUUCCAGUAGGUGGUUGAAGAUACAGAAGGAUAGAUUCUCUUGUCUACAUGGACUCAAACCCCUUUUAAAGAGCUGGCUUUUGCUAGACCAAAUAAGUGUUUACUUUAGACUGACAGGCUUCUGUUUGUGAAAAGGACCACACGGUGCUGCUGUAGCCCCAGUGAGCCCUGAGUGAGUGAGUCAGGGCUCUAACAGCAGCCUCCAAAGGAAUGCCACAGUCUCACAUCCUUUCAGGAGGCUUUGCUCCUCCUUUCCCGAUGUUCAUGUUGCUUGGUGCAGACUUCAAGUGCAGCAUCUCUUUAAAUGAAGCUGCUUGGGCCAGCUAGGGGACACAGAAUAACCCCUAUUGUAGCAUCCACAGCUCUAAUCUCCCCGAUGUAUCCCGGAGCCCAUUCCCCAUCCAUCCCCUGCUCUGGUGACCUGACUGUACUAAGGAACCAAAUCUACCAUCAAAGAACAGAGGUUGGCCAUGCUGAGGCAUGCACUAGAAUUGCCUGAACAAGGGAGAUUUCCUCCAGGGAGCAGCCUAACAGUUCACUAAUGCAAGUGAGUAGGCUUGCAGAAGGCUGGCCUGUGGGCUCGCUGUGAUCUCUGACGUGGAAAACAGACAGGCCCAUACUUUCCUGUGGCUCCAUGCCAGACCCUCCCCUUCCCAGAAGAGUGCACUCUUUCUGUGUUUGUGCUUGUGUGGCUCUGUAAGUCAGCUGCCCACAUGAAGACCCUCCCCUUCCCAGAAGAGUGCACUAUUUCUGUAUUUGUGCUUGUGAUGGCUCUGUAAGUCAGCUGCCCACAUGAAGAGUGCACUCUUUCUGUAUCUGUGCUUGUGUGGCUCUGUAAGUCAGCUGCCCACGUGCAGCCACCACAGGCCGUGCACAUGUCCAGCUCAUGUCCUCGGGCAAGAAAUGUGAGGUUCUCGUUAUAUUUUCUUUCUGUUCCAUUGACUUUUAAAUUUUCUUUCACCCCAAGUGAGAAUAGCUAAUAACUAAUCUUUGAGAACACUUGUUCGUGUUGUUUGUCCUCUGAUCAGAGUUUCCAGGGGCCUGGGGCUCUGAAUAAAGACUGGAAUCAAUAUCAAUCAGAGGGCCUAAAAGGACUAACAGGAAGGAAGGAAGGCCCGCCUGGGGAUGGCCGUGAGGUGGCUUUGCUGUGUUUGGCUCUAAGUAAAGAGCCAUUUUGUUCCAGCUAUUGGAGAUCCGGCUGCUGCUGGGGACAAAACGACCCCUCCCUGAGCCCAGACCUCCCCGCUGUAUUCAUGCCUGGUGAGGUGGCACACAUUCCUUCACUAGCCCUCUGCUGGAGCCCAAUUUGUCUGUUCUCCUGGCUACUUGAUUUCCUAUUUAUAGCUUCUGAUUAUUAGAUGCCUGCCGUGUGCUGGGCAUCGUCUUGAGGAUUUAUAUGUGCUCUAAGUAAUAUUCAUGAAAACCUCAACAAGUUCAUUCCCGUUCUAAAGCUUAUGUAUGAAAACAGAGGUAUGGGCAGAGUCCUAUGCUGUGUUGUCUACUGCAGCUUUUUAUUAUACAAAAACCAUAUAAUGGGAUAUAUUAAACAUCAUUUUAAGGAAUAUUUAAUGUACCAGAAAAUGCUUACACUAGUGAGUAAAGAAUACAAAAUCCAAGAUUAUAUGUGUUAUCCUUUUAUUUUUUAAAUUACAUAUGUGUGUAUAUGUAUUUGUGUAUAAGCAGGUGCAUACAUGAAGUCCAUAUGUAUGUGUGAAAAGAGGGAGAUUCAAGAGCAAGCCUAUUCUGUAUUUUAUUCGGUUCAGCUCCUCAAGACCAUGCUUUAAACACAUUAGCAAAACAGUUAUCUCAGUGAGGGGUGAGGGAUUUAAGGCCAGGGGGUUCUUCUUAACUCACAAUGACAGCAGAAGUUUUCAUCAAGAAUUAAAGUGUUUCUAAAACUGUAAGUGUCUUCUGUUGUUGCAAGAAAAACAGUAAGCCAGGUACUCAGAGCACAACAGCAUCCCCCCACUCACUCUCUGUGUGUGUGUGUGUGUGUGUGUGUGUGAUUGUGGGGAGCACAAAGGACAACUUUGUAACUUUGUGGAAUCAGUUCCCUCUCUCCACAUUAACAUACUGUCUUAGGGUUUCUGUUGCUGUAAGAGACACCAAAAUCACAGCAGCUCUUAUCAGGAAAAUAUUUAAUUGGGGCUGGCUUACAGUUUCAGAGGUUUAUUAUUACCAUGGUGGGGAGCAUGGUGGUGUGCAUGGUGGGGAGCAUGGUGGGGAGCAUGGUGGUGUGCAGGCAGACAUGGUGCUGCCUACAUCUUCAGAAGGCAGCAGAAAAUCAACUGAGACACUGGGUGGUAGCCUAAGCGUAGGAAAUCUCAAAGCCCACCCCACAGUAACACAUUUCCAUCAACAAGGAACACCUCAUAGUAGUGUCACUCCCUGAGAUUGUGGGGGCCCAUUACAUUCAAACUACCACACAUACUCAUUGCACCAGCCCCCGACUUACUUUUGAGAUCAUCCUCAGGACGACCCCCUCCCCUGUCACCAGUGGUUUUGACCUAAUGCCUCUUGUGAAUGUAGCCAUAGACAAUAGGAAACCCAGCCUGACUGACAAAAGCCACUGUGGGCUCUUUGCUUGCCACAAAUGGCUUUGACAGAUGUUGGAAUCAGCUUCAGAUUGGGGUCCUGGUAGGAUUUGUGUUGUGCAUACAUAAUUAAAAUGCUGUGCUUCCUUUAUUUCAUAGAACCUUCCCUGUCUAGUGCAUAUCUGUACAUGUAAGUGAAGUGGAAGUCCAGAUGGUAUUUAUGAAUAUAGCAAACUUUACCUUUACUUAUAUUAAUUACUUUAUUUUUGCGCUUAUUAAUUUUAUAAAAUGUAUAAUAAAUGUUACACAUUUAAACAUUGUAA